AAUAGUGUGCAAGUAAUUCCUGUAGAGUUAUCUUAUUACAAAGUUUACUAUCAAGUCCUGUAAGGGAAACCAGCACAGUAGAAGAGUUAGGGCCACACUGCGACAUGGAGCUUUUGUCUAUCCCAUCCUCCUUGCUGACGGUUGGGAAUGCUACUUGUAUGGGCCUUGCUGUUGCUGUGCUUUUUCUACUAAUUUUCUGGGUGAAGAAUAAAAAAGGCCAUACUUAUCCCCCAGGACCUUCACCCCUGCCCGUGGUGGGAAACACCUUCCAACUGGACUUCAACAACUUACCAGAAAGCUUAUCCCAGUUGAGCAGACAGUAUGGGAAUGUUUUCAGCCUGCAGAUAUUCUUUGAGGAUUCUGUUGUAUUAAAUGGCUAUGAGGCCAUAAAAGAAGGACUGGUCACCAAGUCCGAGGACACCGCUGACAGACCCUCCAUACCAAUGUUCGAGCAUCUUGGAAUGAAUACUGGGAUCGCAUUUACUGGGUAUGGUCAGCGAUGGAAGGAGCAAAGACGAUUUGCCCUACAAACUUUGAGAAACUUUGGGAUGGGAAAGAAGUCUAUGGAAGAACAUAUCCGUGAAGAAGCUGCCUACAUGUGCUCUGCUUUUCAGGCUAAUGAAGGACGUCCCUUCGAUCCCUUUAUGGUGAUCACUAAUGCCGUCAGUAAUGUUAUCUGCUCCAUUAUUUUUGGAGACCGAUUUGAAUACAGUGAUUCGUCAUUUCAGAAAAUGAUUUAUCUGCUCAAAGAAUUGGCCGAACUAGAAACCAAACCCAUCACUCAGUUCUACAAAAUCUUCCCCUGGCUCAUGAAGGUACCCGGACCCCAUCAGAAGCUUUUUAGCAUCCAGAGUACUUACCUAGACUUCCUAAGAGCAAUCAUCCAGAAACACAGAGACACCUGGGACCCUGCGGUCAGGAGGGACUUCAUUGAUACCUUCUUUGAAGAAAUUGAAAAAAAUAAAGACAAUCCCAGCAGCAGUUUCACUGAAGAGACACUUCUCAUUGUUAUGGCAGAUCUCUUUGUAGCGGGGACGGAUACGACAUCUAACACUUUACGUUGGUCUCUCUUGAUGAUGCUGCUUCAUCCUCACAUUCAGAAGAAGGUCCAUGAAGAAAUUGAUCGUGUAAUCGUCAGUGACCGACUACCCUCAGUAGAGGACCAGCCUAAUAUGCCAUAUACCACUGCAGUCAUCCAUGAAGUCCAGCGAUUUGGGAAUAUCUUGCCUAUGGCUUUGCUCCACAUGACAUACCGAAACACCAAUAUCCAAGGAUAUGACAUCCCUAAGGGCACCACGAUCAUACCCAACUUGACUUCCGUUUUGAAGGAUAAGAACAUAUGGAAGAAACCUCAUCAGUUCUACCCAGAACAUUUCUUAGACUCUGAAGGGAAGUUUGUAAAGAAUGAAGCAUUCAUACCGUUCUCUGCAGGCCGUCGAAUAUGUGUGGGAGAGCAGCUGGCAAGAAUGGAUCUCUUCAUUUUCUUUACGUCUCUAUUACAACAUUUCGAAUUUCAUAUUCCAGAUGAUCAGCCAUAUCCUAGACAUGAUCCGGUGUUUACCUUCAACUACAGUCCUCACCCCUUUCAGGUCUGCUGCAAGGAACGCUAACACUCAACAGUCAGACAUGCCGCCAUACUAACCAAUUGUAUUAUUUUAGUUUUUUUUACGCAGUGUAUUCUCACAAGUUAUAUCAAGCUUUGACUUUCAAUGACACCAGUAUCAAUAUAUACCCAGCUGAAAUGUUUAUUUCAGCUGUGGAAAUUAUGGAAAUUUUUCUCAUCUGCCAGACCUUGUAUUUUUUAUGGUCCCUCCUUAAUAAAGAAAACUUGAACAAAAAGUGCCAGUUUUGCCCAUAUCAAGCAGUCAGCGAAGUUUUUUUUUUUUUAUAGCAGAGGGCCAGGAGAGAACAAGAUGCGGGCACUACGGAACUAAGCAGCCACUAAGACGUGCAGCGACACACAGAGCGGGACUGGACUGAGGGAAGCCUGUAGCGGAAGUGCAGAGCUAAAGCAGAAAGCAUGCAGCGAGGACAAAGAACAGACAGG